AUGGGCGUGCCGGUUUCCGAGUACUUGCCUGCCGCGCCUGAUGCAGAUGACCUCGGGCGAUAUGGCCAAGAGAAGGACUCCCUGGAGAGCGAAGGUCGGGAGAACACCCAGGAGUAUGCCGUUGCGCUAACGAACUGGGCUGCCUGUUUGGGCGCCCAGGGGGACGAGGAGGCGGCGCUUGCGGCCUACACAGCCGCAAGGAUAGCUCACGAGGCUGUGGGUUCAACAGACACGCCGUCUUACGCGGACGCCGUGGUCAACAUAGGCGACCACUUUAAUGACCUCGGGCGCCAUGACGAGGCCAUGGAGCUUUUCGCAAAGGCACGCGAAAUAUACCAGUCCCUUUCUUGGGAGAACACACUGAACAACGCCGUAGUGCUGCACAACAUGGGCCUCUGUGCCUACAAGCAAGGAAAGCCUAGAGAGGCGCUGUCCUUCUACCACGAAGCACAGGGAGCCUAUGAGUCCAUUGUGCUUGGUGCCGAGGCGCCGCAGUACGAAGAGCUGCUUCAAGACAUGGAGCAGGCAGAGCAAGCCGAGUUGAAGCUGACACCCGCGCGUCUGAACUUCGGUGACAUGGAUUAG